AAAUGGAGGCUGCACGUUGACCGUGCUUCGUCCUUGUCUUCAACACCACCGUGACAUGCGAAAAGAAGACAAGAACCCCGACACACACAGACCCACAGUGGAAGAACUCAGGCAGAAAUGUCUACGUCGGCUACAGUGACGGGGAGAAGGGGAAUUCCUGCGGCGGCGUUUGUCGAAGAUGUGCAGACUUACCUCUCUCAGUUGAAUCUCGACGUAAACUCCGGUCUCGCUUUUCUACAGGAGAGACUUCAGCAGUACAGGGUUGUGGAGAUGAAACUUCUUGCGCAGCAGAGAGAUCUUCAGGCAAAAAUUCCCGACAUUGAGAAGUGCUUAGACGUUGUUGCAACUUUGCACGCUAAGAAGGGUACUGGUGAGCCAAUAAUCGCUGAUUUUGAAGUGUCUGAGGGCAUUUAUUCACGGGCUCGUGUUGAAGACAUGGGUUCAGUGUGUCUAUGGCUUGGAGCAAAUGUCAUGCUAGAAUAUUCAUGUGAAGAGGCAACUACCCUUCUUCAAAAGAAUUUGGAGAAUGCAAAAGCAAGUUUAGAAGUUCUUGUUGCUGAUCUACAAUUUCUGAGGGAUCAGGUGACGAUUACACAGGUUACUAUUGCUCGAGUAUAUAAUUGGGAUGUACAUCAACGUAGACUUCGGCAAGGUUCUCCUGCUGCUUCUGAGUCGUGAGAUUCUUGAUGGGGCUGAGGUUCCUGGUCUAGACUAUGCCUGAGGUCUUCCUUCUGAUCUCUUUUUCCCAAUUAUCUUUAUCAACAUAACUCUGGAAAAGUCAUUUGAGCUUCUAUGCCAAAUUUUGUUAAUUUCAGAAUAUCUCUGUCCAACUAAGAAAAAGAAUAUAUACUUAGUCCUGUUUGAUUCUCAACAAUAGUUACCAUUCUCUGUUGUAAGUAACAUGAUGGAAUCUUAGCAUCUUGAUCUGUAUGAAUGAUUUUUCGUCCUCU